CCAAGGCAACCAAUAAUACAUGUUAUAAAUGGAAGAGGUUUUGGCUGUGAGCUUGUCCGCGGGGUGUCAACCAGCUGCUGUCGCCGCUUGGGCUAGCAACCUUAGGCCACAAUUAUUCUUUUCCAUCAUCAAUCACUUGAUAUCUAAAAAUCCCCGUUUAAAGCUCACUAUCUGCAACAGAUGGUGUGCAGCAAGGACCAACGAGAAAUGCUCGCCGCAGCUCCGGCCGGCCACCUGCACCGACUUCGACAACUACCAUGGAAGGUAGAUCGGGAUGAGGGCGGGACAGAGACAUGGCUCCGAUUGGUGAGGCUGCUCACAACCUCACAUCGCCGUCCCUAUCGACAUGGCCGGCUACGAGCUCCCCGAACCCUCCGCCCGUGCUCGGGCCGCCUCUGCCGGUCUGCCCUCUGCUUCUCUCCCCGCCGGCAGGAGCAUCGUCCCCGUCCCCAGGUUCCCCGCCCGCACUCGGAUGAGGAGAGGCAAUGAGACGAGACCGCGAGAGAGACGGAGGCCGGCUGGUGCCUGCAGGCCGCCGUGCAUGGACCUGUCUCACCGCCGGCCAGCUCCAUCCAUCCGGCCGGUCAGUGCCGCGCGCCAUGGCGGCCGCAGCUGCUCGUUCCACGCUGCGCUACAUGUGUCAGACGCAGCCAAGACUUGGAAAUUGAAGUUUGCAGUUGCCGCCAGUCCCUCCCUGGGUAGCUCACAAUGUGCACACGAUGGCGCUCAUCCUGCAUCAGUUCCUGGGUGCAUGGCGCGGCAUGCUAAAAUUGGAAACCGCAGUGUCCAAGAUUAGAAGCUUGAAAGCCGUGGUUGAUCUUGAAACCAUGGAGACGGGCACCCCUGGGGGAGAGGACACGACGACCGGCACGCGUCCUACGAUUUAGGACGGGACCGCCGCACCACUCGUCGGCCCGGCCCUUCACCGGUUUAAGUGCUCGCCGCUCCCGCCCUGACGCAUUCUUCUCUCCCCCUCGCCGCGCAAGGACCAACAGGAGGGGCCCUCCACCGGUUUGGUUCCGCCGCCGCGCCGCCGCCGGGCACAAUGGCGGGAGCCGUGAUCGUGCACCACACCACGAGGUACAAGACGUACCCCGGCGAGAUCACCGGCAUCGUCGUCUUCGCCUGCCUCAUCGCCUCCGUCGCCGGCUGCAUCUUCGGCUACGACAUCGGCCUCACCUCCGGGUUGACGUCGACGGAGCCGUUCCUGGUCAAGUUCUUCCCGUCCAUCUACGAGGAGAUGAAGAAGCAGGUGGUGGUGAACCAGUACUGCAAGUUCGACAGCCAGCUCCUGACGCUCUUCAGCUCCUCCCUCUUCCUCGCCGCGAUGAUCGCCGCCUUCCUCGCCGGGCCCCUGACCCGGGCCUUCGGCCGCAAGUGGACCCUGUUCACCGCCGCGUCUGCGUACGUGUGCGGCGCGUGCCUCGGCGGCGUGUCCUUCAACUUCCCGAUGCUGCUCACCGGGCGGAUGCUCGUCGGCGCCGGCGUCGGGCUCUCCAUCCAGGCGUCGCCGCUCUACAUCUCGGAGAUGGCGCCGGCGCAGCAGCGCGGGAUGCUCAACAUCAUGUUCCAGCUGAUGAUCACGGUAGGGAUCCUGACGGCGAACAUGACCAACUACCUGGCGUCCAAGAUCCCCGGCGGGUGGGGGUGGCGCAUCGCCGUGGCGUUCGGCGCCGUCCCCGCCGGCGUCAUCGCGCUGGGCUCGCUGGCCAUCCCGGACACCCCGACGUCGCUGAUCCAGCGCGGCGACACGGCGACGGCGCGCAAGACGCUGGCCCAGAUCCGCGGCAUGGGCGACGUCCGCGAGGAGAUGGACGACCUGUCGGCGGCGAGCGAGGACGCCAAGGCCGUGGAGAACCCGUGGCGGGAGCUCUUCUUCGGCGGCAAGUACAAGCCCCAGCUGACCUUCUCGCUGCUCAUCCCCUUCUUCCAGCAGCUCACCGGCAUCAACGUCAUCAUGUUCUACGCGCCGGUGCUGUUCAAGACCGUCGGGUUCAAGCAGAACGCCUCCCUCGUGUCCUCCGUCAUCACCGGCCUCGUCAACGUCUUCUCCACCUUCGUCGCCGUCCUGACCGCCGACAAGGUCGGCCGCCGCGCCCUCUUCCUCCAGGGUGGCACGCAGAUGAUCAUCUCCCAGAUCCUGGUGGGCACCUUCAUCGGGCUGCAGUUCGGCAUGAGCGGGACGGGCGCCAUCUCGGAGCAGUACGCCAUGUGCAUCGUGCUGUUCGUGUGCGUGUACGUGGCCGGGUUCGCGUGGUCGUGGGGGCCCAUGGGGUGGCUGAUCCCCAGCGAGAUCUACCCGCUGGCGGUGCGGUCGGCGGCGAUGAGCGUCACGGUGGCCGUCAACAUGUUCUUCACGGCCUUCAUCGGCCAGAUCUUCCUCACGCUGCUCUGCCACCUGCGCUUCGGCCUCUUCUACUUCUUCGGCGGCUGGGUGCUGCUCAUGACGCUCUUCAUCGCCAUGCUGCUGCCGGAGACCAAGAACGUGCCCGUCGAGGAGAUGGCGCACGUCUGGAAGAAGCACUGGUUCUGGAGGAAGUUCGUCGUCGACACCUCCUCCGACGCGCGCAGCGCCGAGAUGAGGAAGAGGAUAGCGCUAGAGAUGAGCUAGCUCACCUGAUGGUGAGGCCUGCAGGCCGCCAUCAUCAUCAGCCAAGUACAUUUAUUUCAUGGAUCAAUAGAUAGACUGCAGAACACAUAUGAUAUGAAUGUUGUUGUAGAUUUGAUCAUACAUACUCCUAGCAUACUCUCUUGUACUAAUUAACUGUUUGUUUUACCUCCUCUCUGUUUUUUCUCUCUCUUCGGUUUCAUGCCGAGUUGUCAGCAGCAUUUUUUUUCCUUUUUUAAUUGAUGAAGAAGAAUACAGUACGAUUUAUCA